AACCUGUAUUUCAUAGUUCAAAGAUCAAACCUCUUACCUCUUUUAAGUGUUCGUCUUGAUUGAAAACCUGUCAGUUAUUAACACAAACUUGUAAGAUUAGAUUGAUUAUCAAAGCAGCUAGCACUUGUUUUGAAGAGUUAUACAAAGCAGGUUCUUUAUGUCUGCAUCAAAGCAGCUAGCACUUAUUGGUACCUCUCACAGGUUUCAAUCUUUAAUCCCAAAUCCUUGUCAUCUUCUGCUUAUCUCAAAACGCAACAAAAAAAGGUCUUUUCUUGGUACUGAUCAGAGGUUACACUUUCUCAAAAUUGGGCUGAGCCUGAGAGAGCUAGUUGUCAGCAAAAGAAAGAUGGAUGUGGCUGUCCAUUGCAGUGUCCCGCCAGUACCUCCAAUUCCAUCUAAUCCAGCUUCUCCUGGUCCACAGAGCAGGAAAGUUUGGAUUGUUGGACUGAUAGCAUCAGCAAUUCUACUCUUCUUUGGGAUCAAAUUUGGGCCAUUACUCAAGCUAAAACAGGAAGUUGAUACUGUGGUGGACACGGCAGAAGAUGUGGCGGAGGUCGUAGAAAAGGUGGCGGAGGAAGUGGAGAUAGUAGCUGAAGAAAUUGCAGAGCACCUUCCAGCAGGAGGAAAACUUAAAGUCGUUGCAACAUUUAUUGAAAAUGUAGCAGAAACAACAGCCAAGGAUGCCCGGCUGCUAGAAGAUGUCAUUGACAAGGUUAUUGUAACUACCUUGGCAAUGGAAGAUGGAAACUUACUAAAAGAUCAUUGGUUGUUGCAAGAGGACAUGCAUGUCACAGUAUGUAUAAGACUCAUGUGAAGACCCGCAUAAGAAAGUGGGUGAUAUCAGCAACAAGGUGUGUUGUAGAAGAGAAGAAUGCAAAGAGGAUAGCUGCAUAGAGAGAAAGACAGGCAAGAGAGAGAGAGAGCUAUGCGUAGAGAAAA